AUAACGAAUUAGAACAAGUUUUAGAUGAUUAUAAGGAAGAAGAACUUAGCGAAAUUGAAGCUUAUAUAGCAUAUAGUCAAGAAGAAUAUGAGAAGAAAACUGACUUUUACUUCUUGAUUACAAUCCAGGAAUGGAGAAAACUCUGUCUAUCUAACUCUUGCAUUUAA